CUAGAUAUAAUAGGCCUGGGAUCGCAAACCCCAAAGUUCUACAAGUUGUUGUAAAUAAUCUGCAUUUUAAGAGAAAAGAGGAUUUUAGAAAGUCAUUAGCUGUAACACAAGGCCAAUAUAUCAAUAUACAAGAGGAAUAUAGCCUUAGUUGCUCUUGGAUUAAGGACAAUGAGAAGACCAGGAGAGUUGGAAAGUCUAAUCUUGGAGGAUAUAAAUGGGAUAAUGAUAGGACUUU